AGUACCCCAUGAAAAAACAAAAUCAAUCGCAGUCUCUUUUGGCUAUAUCGCAAGAAAGGAAAUAAUGCGCCACUUAAUAUUCUAGCGUUUUACGUGCUUCAUACUAGGCUCGUAUCUAAGUAUUUAUUUUUUGUGAAACGACUUCUACUGUUUUCACUCAUGGACUAACAUGAACUAAGUUGGAAUUACUUGUUCAGGGCAUAGUAUUAAUUCAGUUCUUGCCGAUCAUUCGCCCGCGCGCUCAUCCAAUGUGUAACAAGUGAUCCGUUUUCAUAUCCUUAAAAUACCCACCUUACUUCCCGUUGUUACAAAAAAUCAAUCAGCCAUGGCUCCUUUUUGUUCGCGCAUUUUCGAUGUGCUCUUCAAGACCGACGUCGCGCCGGUGAUCUGGAAGAACUACAAGGAGGGCAGUCUCGACUUCCCCGAUGUGAACCAUCUUCUGGAUGUAGACAGUGAAAAGCUUCUUCGGGAAACGCUACCGGUUCUGAAGGAAUGCGGGGGAAACUUACCGAAGACGGUUUGGCGCAUGACCCGCGGGCUGGUGAUUCGCGGCCUAUUCUGGGGCACGAUGCAGGGAUUGGUGAUGGUGAUCGCCCGACCAGAGGCCGUGCGAUUUGUGUUGAAAGAGAUGAAUGCGGAGAGUCCGAGACUGGAACUGAUACUACUCGCGAUUGUCGGCCCCAUCCUUUUUGAGGGAUGCUGCUGGCUGCACGGAAACGAUGUGCUGGUCGCGAAAUUCUGGACGAAACUCCAGGGCAUGCUUUCUGCGUUGAUCGUGUGGAAGAUGCAGCGCGUGCAGGAUCAUCAUACUGGCAGUGCUCCCGCUGCUACAACUGCAACAUCAGGUACCAAAAACGAAGGCAAAAAUAAACCUGAUCCACCCGCCGCAACGCCCGCGCCGAAAGCCGCGGAUGCGCAGAUGCUGAUUUCUGUGGAAAUUUUGGGCAAGGCAAAUCUCGUCGGCUUUGUCUUCGGCUGGAUCCCGAGCAGUUUCGUCUCCCUGACCGUCGGGUCAGCCUACCUGAUGGUUCUCCUUGACAUCGUCGGCGUGUGGACCGUCCUGUUCGUGCUUUGCGGCAUCGGGGUGUCCUUCCAUCGUUUGAUCACCUCGCGAAAAUACGAGGCGCAGGCCGUGGUGCACGCCGGCGGGAGACUGCAGUGCCUACGGGAGGUAUGGAAGCGUCAGGAUUGAAAUCGUCAAAGUUGAAAUAACUUGUAAUGCAUAAAAUCGAUACCAGUUAAAAGCCCCAUUUCUCAGCGGUGCAUGACAAAUUUCGGCACCGUCUAAAUCCUGUUUGUUAUGCUGUUUAGGGACAGAAGGCGUCUUUUGUCAUGCUACUUUAGCAGCUCUAUCGCAGACCCCAAACAGGCUGGCAGUCGGCCUCGCUUGCCAUGCCUGCAAGAGAGGCACUUCAUGCCUUGCAAUUUUUGCAUGAGGAAUUAUUUCAACUUUGUCGAUUUCAAUCCUGACGCUUCCAUAGGAGGCGCUGGCGAACAUCCGGGGCGUGAAAUACGCGUGCUGGGAGGGUUAUGGAUUGCAAAAAUGUCUGGGUCUGGAAGAGUGGAACUUGUAAUGCUGUCUGCGGAUUCUAGAAAUAUCUGUGUUGCAUGAGCAGCAAGAGGAGUCAGUUCUUGGCACGCGGAGAGGGCAUCUCUCAUGCGUAAUCAGCAUCAAGAAGCUCUCAAAAAAUCUGUGAUGCUAGCACCAGCAUCACAGACCUCACGGGUCAUGCAAAAUGUGCAUGACAAGUCCCGACUCUUCCAGACCCAGACAUUUUUGCAUUUGAUAAGGGUAGGUAUUUCCACAAAUUGCAGGAGUUUCGGAACAAAGAAACGCGCGCCAUCGAACUGUGGCAGCAGUACAAGGUGCUCGGGAGUAACUUAGGCCGGUGUCUGCCCGUCCUCGCGGCGGUGUUCGCCCUCACAACGUAUCUCUACUGGCACGACGGAGCCGAGCCCUUGACCGUGGAGCUCGUGUUUCCGGUGCUCGCGGUGCUGCAGGGGAUGCGGGGCGCCAUGGUCCUGAUUCCCAUAAAUGUCGUGAACAUGGUGGUCUUUGUGCAAACGUUGCAGCGUUUGGAGAAGUAUUUGAACCUGCCAGAGCGGGAGGAAUACAGAAAAUUAAUGGACGAAGGAACAGCUACGACGGAGGCCUGCGCGAUGACCGAUGUGGAAGUGAAGUUGCAGCGGCAAAGCACAACAAAGUCCGGGGAUUUAGCCGCGCAAAACAAAAAUUCAUCUGAUGCAAAGAAAGAAACGAUAACCUCAUCGGCGGUUGCGAAAAAAGACGAAACACUGGUCAGCACAUCAGGAGUGGAGACGACGAUGGUUGUUGCGCUGACUGAUGCUUCCGUCACCCUGCCGCCGCAAUCCAAACUGAUCGGCGUAGUCGGCGCUGUGGGUUCGGGAAAGACGGUUUUGCUGUUGACCUGGCUCGGCGAGCAGUGCCCAACCAGCGGAAAAAUUAAGUUUUCGACGUGUAACGUCGGUUACUGUCCGCAGCGGGCUUUUGUCGUCACCGGAACGAUCGAAGAGAAUGUGCGGAUGGGCCGAAAACACUUGUCAUUGGCGCAAAUCCAAGAGGCGUUGAUCCGUGCAAGGCUGUUGACUUCUUUCGCAGAUCAGGGCACGGAAGAUACGAGAACUUCUACAUCGAUUGCCGCGCAUCCAAGUGUAUCGCCAAUCACGAAGGAUGACAGUGCUCAUUCUCGCGAAACCAAGAACGAAUCCGCCCAACCGCAGCAGGAGCUGACGCUCUACACGGAGAUCGGCCAGGGCGGCGUAACGCUUUCGGGCGGGCAACAGGCUCGGCUGAAUUUGGCGCGCGCGUGGGCCGGCGACCCGGACAUUCUGGUCGCAGACGACCCGUUAGCGGCGGUCGACCACACGACUGGAGUUGCAAUUUUUGACAAUUUGCGCCAUUACGCCAAGGACGGAAAGCUGGUGUUUCUCGCUUUCAACCAAGCCGCGCUGCUGUCCCAGACCGACUUUGUCUUGCAACUAGACAAAGGAGUUUUAAAAACUGCGCUGCCCGAAUCAUCGACAGCAACGGGCCCGACGGACAUAGAAUUGCAAGAAGAAGUAGACGUCGUGCCCGGUACUAACAUACAACAACUUGAAGACGGCGCGGCACCAGAUGUGACUAAAACGCUUGGACUCGCCAGAACGAAAAACAAGAAUUCUCUGCCAGACUUGCUCGAUCCGAGCUUGAUCAGAGAUACCAGUCGUGUGUCCAAGGAGAGCGACGAAACCGUCGGCACCGUAGUGUCACUGGACGGCGCAACAUCGCUUAACAGUACAACCAGGGGAAGCAAAACAAGGACACAGGAGGUGGGCCAAGAGCAAUCUUCUGUUCUUGAAAAAGACGAGUAUUCGCGAAAAUUCCUGAAAGAAGAACAGAAAAAUACGGGCACCGGGCGCAAAUACAUUCGCGAGUACUUUCUCCUUUUCGGCACGACCAACUUGUUGCUGAUGGUUUUUUCCUGGCUCACCACCUACGGCGUGCUGGCCUCAAGCGAACUGGCUCUCGCGGAGUGGCUCCGCAAGGGGAACGACCGAAACUUGGAGACAUUUGAGAGCACGUGGUUUGUCCUGUACUUCGGCUGUGCGUUGGCGUUCGCGAUUCUGUCCAGCUGCUUCGGCCUGCUGUACUACCACGGUGCUGCCCGAGCGGGGCGAGCUUUGCACGAUCUCUCUGUGAUCCGCGUUUUCGGCGCACCACUCCUCUUUUUUGACGAAGCGAGUAGUGGGAAGGUGUACGGCCCGCUAUCCACCGACUUGAGCGGAGUAGAUGUGCAAUUUUCCACCAUCACCGAAGUGUGGAUGCAGUUUUGCGGACUGGGCGUGACGAUCCUCGGACUGCAAAUUUUUGUCGUCCCGUUUACCUCGAUCGUGAUUGUCAUCGUCGCGCUGGUGUACUUGAAGCUCUGCCAGCUCGUGUUGUACGGAAUUCGGGACACGAAGCGGCUGGCCUCCCUCGCGUUGUCCCCCGUGGUCGCCAACGUGAGUGAGGCCAUCGACGGGGCGUCGCUCUCGCGGAUUAUGAAACUGGAAAAAUACUUUCUGGACAAGCACUGCGACCGAAUGAACACGUACCUGCGGUGCUGGUACGCCGCUCAGGAAAUCACCAUCUUCUCGAAUCUGUGCUGCUACUUCCUGUCUGCCAUCGUCGCCGCCUCGCUGGUUUUGUUCCUUUACAACGCCAGGGAAUCGAUCCCGCGCCCGAUCAUCGGGUUGAUUGUGGGCUACUGCUUCAUCAUGCCCUUCAUGUUCAAUUUGAUCGCGCAGUUCUACUUCAUUCUCUCCCUGGGAUUGAUGCAGUGCGAGCGCGUUUUCCGCCUUCAAGAGACGCCGCAAGAAGAGCCCCUGGCCGAGUUUCGGAGACAGCACGAGAAAUUCAUGCUCACCUACGCGGCGAAGAAUCAUCUUCAAAAGGGAAAUAACGUAGUUGCAAGAAGCAGCAGUACGACAUCAACAUCGAGUCUCACAGAUUCGAAGCUGACAAGACGCCGAUCUUACCAAUUUUCCUACACCGAACAAUCCGGUGGGCCACCCGUCGCAAUCACGGCAGAUUCUUUCGAACAACGCUCACCGAGUAAGGAGAGCACUAUUAGCCAGACUGCAAAAAACGUGCUCAAUGUUCCCUCGCUGUUGCCACGGUUGGAUCAUGUUGCGGAAGACACCGAUGGCACUGCGGCUGCACACAUCAAGCAAGGCAAGAAGAUGAAAUCUGCGAAAAUCCGUUUCCAGAACUGCUCGUUGCGCUACUCGGAGAACUUUCCGCUCGCGAUUUCAGAUUUUAAUCUCAAGAUCACGCAGGGGGAACACAUUGGGGUUUGCGGGCCAACCGGUGCCGGGAAGUCAAGUUUGUGUGCCAUGCUGUUUCGCUUUGCCAACGUCGAAACGGGGACGAUAAAGAUCGGCGAGUAUGACACAAAGCACCUCCCGCUGUACCACUUGAGGCGGAAUCUUUUCAUGGUGCCGCAAAAACCUUUCCUCAUGGACGGUACGGUGCGGGAAAACCUCGAUCCCUUCGACGAGUUUCUGCCCGAGGAGAUUGAGACCGCCUUCUCUUUGGUGUUUGUCGACGUCGAUUUGGAAGAUGAUGAUGGACUACAGACUACAGCUACUGGAAAUAGAACAGAUGAAAUGAAUCUAAAUCCUCCUGUAUUUACUUCCACUUCGCAGUCUCCGACGAAAGCUGGUGCCAAAAAAGAUUCCCACACGAUCACGCUUGACACAAGAAUCGAGGCCGGCGGCGCAAACUUAUCGGCGGGAGAGGCACAACUGAUCGCGUUCGCGCGGAUGGUCUUGCGAAAAGACGAGGCACAGAUCGUGUUACUGGACGAGCCGUCCUCAAACCUGGACGCGGCCACGGACCAGCGCAUCACAUCAUUGCUGAGGACGACUUUGAGGAAUCACACGGUGUUUCUCAUUGCGCACCGACUGGCGACUUUGACACGAUGUGACAAAGUCUUGGUCAUGCAAAACGGGCGCGCGGCGGAGUUCGGAACGCCACAGGAGCUGCUCCGGUCUGGCGGAUUCUUCGCACAGAACUUUCACGAUGAUACCACCGCAGGGUAAGCAGUUGAUAUACGUAAAGACUAAAGAAAUAUUUUUUUGCUCAAGUUGUUGUUACAGAGUGUAUCAGAUGAAACCGAUUGUCAUACGUAAAAAAUGUUUGUGUAAACUACCGACUUGGAACUUGUGCAGAAUGAGGCAACCACCAACUAGAGAAUGAAGACAUUGAUUUCACAACUCGUCAACCACGGAAAG